CCUCGGCCCAACCCGCUGAGGGCGAAGCGGGAAAAGGCGCCCUGAAGUUUGCCUUGAGGGACCCCCGCCGCCUGCGUUUGCACAAGGCGGGAAAAGGCGCUCUGAAGUUUGCCUUGAGGGAGCCUCGCCCCCUGCGUUUGCACACGGCCCCUCGGCCCAACCCGCUGAGGGCGAAGCGGGAAAAGGCGUCCUGAAGGCACAGGAAGCUCUGCACAAUGGCAACUGCUCAGAAGCAAAGGAAUUCUGUGAGUGCAGUUGUAUUUCCCAAGAAAAUAGCCACGGAGCAGCAAUCCCUGAUGCUGGUGAAGAGGCUCCUGGCAGUGGCAGUGUCCUGCAUCACCUACCUGAGGGGAAUCUUUCCUGAAAGUGCCUAUGGAACCAGAUACAUGGAUGAUGUCUGUGUCAAAAUUCUGAGGGAAGACAAGAACUGCCCUGGCUCUACCCAGCUGGUGAAAUGGAUGUUAGGAUGCUAUGAUGCCUUGCAGAAGAAAUAUCUGAGACAGAUUGUCCUAGCAGUCUAUACCCAGGCAGAAGAUCCUCAGACAGUCACAGAGUGUUACCACUUCAAGUUCAAGUACACCCAGAAUGGGCCACUCCUGGAUUUUGGCAGCAAGGACAAGAAGUCAGAGUCCAGCAUCCCCUGUGCAGACACCAAGAAGGCCAGCAUCCUCCUCAUCCGAAAAAUCUUCAUCCUGAUGCAGAACCUGAGCCCUCUGCCCAACGACGUCUGCCUCACCAUGAAACUGCUCUACUAUGAUGAGGGUACAUUGCCAUUUACACCCCCUGAUUACCAACCCCCAGGGUUCAAGGAGGCCAAGGAUGAGGGGCUGCUGUUCAGGGAGGAGCCCAUGUACCUGAAUGUGGGGGAAGUGCCAACACCUUUCCACUUGCUGAAACUGAAAAUCACCACUGAGAAACAGCGCAUGGAGAAUGUUGAUAAGAAUAAGAACAUCCUGCAGCAGGAGGAGGCUGCUGAGCCUCUCCAGGAGGAUCCUCUCUCAGAAAAUGAAGUGGAAGAUAAGAAUCAUGUGAAUAUUUCAGAAGCUCAAGAAAAGAGUUCAGCUCAUGAAGAGGAAGCUGGAGGGAUGCAGACUCCCCCUCCUGAUUCUAAUCCUCAGGUUGAUCAUUUGACCCGUAAAACAUCUGAGCUGAUUGUGUCAGAGAGCAGGACAAGAAGUGGGAAGAUAUUCCAAAGCUGCAUUGUGCACCAGGCUGAGCUGGGCUCCAGCCAGGACGUGCUGCCCAAAAGGAGGAAGCUCAGCGAGCCCAAGGAGCAGUUUUAGGUGCCCAUCUGAGUUCUCCACUCCCAGCUGGAUGUUCCACGUGCCUGUUGGGUUUUUAAGGAUCUUUUCUGCUCCAUUAGCGGCCCCAUGGGAGUGUGUUUUUAAAAUGUCAGGAAGCCCAGCUGAAAGAUUCCAAACUCACUUUGUGUGGGAUCAGAAAUCCUUGGAUUUGGGGAUUUGUGGGUUGGUCCUGAUGGUGAGAAUUCAUCCCCCCCUAAGGUUUCACCAGUGCCUUUGGGCUGUGGUUCUGAGCUGAGGAACUCACCCAGAACCUGCUUGCCCCAAAACCUCUCCAGUUUUGGGGGGAUUUCCAGAGGGCUGGGCUGGCAGUUACAGGCUGUUACAGUUUUGGGGUUACAGUUUUUGUUCUUCCUACCGAGACAGUUGGAGGAGUUGGAUGCUUUGCAUUUCUUCCAGAGCAGAAGCACCACACUCAGGUGAAAAACCAGCCCUCUUCAUGCCUUAAAUUCCAGAUUCCCUGCCAGAAUGCAGGAAUUUCUGAUGCCAGGUAUCCAUGGCACCAUCUGUUCCGAGGUGUGAGAGCCCUGGGAGAGCCUGGGUGUCCUUAGAACCAUUUGUGGCAGAGGUUGGACACGGGGCCAGCAACGAAAUUAACGUUAAUUACCCGGCUGCCUCGGGGAACGGCACAUGAACGUUUCCGGACGGUUUUGACUUUUCAAUUAAGAAUGUUCAUCAU